AUGGAUACAUUCGAAAUCUCCCUACUCAUUGGAGCCGAUCAUUAUUGGAAUAUCGUGGGAAAUCACAAUGUUCGGGGCAAGGGCCCUAUUGCUGUGUCAUCCAAGCUUGGAUAUUUGCUAUCAGGUCCAAACCCCACAGUUACCACUUCAGUGUUUUCCACGAAUGUCAUGAACGCAUCAGUCGCCACCCAACUCGAGAAAUUCUGGGACAUUGAAAGCACUGGAAUAACGGACAAGACCACGACAAAGGACAAUACGUAUGAGGAUUACACCGAAACCCAUUUGCGCAAGGAAGACAAUCGUUUAUAUUCCCAAGUUACCAUGGAGAGAGGACCAUCCACCACUCACAACAAACUACAACCAAAUCUGGAGAAGGCCUUUCUACACAUCGGAUUGGACGAAAGCGACCAGCAGUGGACGAAAUUUCUAUGGCUCAGCGAUCCAGAUGACCCCGAAUCUCCCUUCAUCGUUUUCCAAUUCAAAGCUGUACUGUUUGGAGCAGUCUGCUCACCGUUCAUACAGAACGCAACUGUUAAGCACCAUCUAGAGAUGAACGCGAGCCCCGUAUCGCAGGACAUUAGCAAGAAUACAUACGUUGACAACAUUAUCAGCGGGGCAAAAACGGAGGAGGAUUUAGUGAAUUACUAUCGCGAGGCAAACAUGCUCACUAAAGACGCUGGAUUCAACUUACGAGAAUGGGCUACAAACUCAGUGGAACUACCUAACAUUGCACAAAACGAAAACCGUCCUAACUCCGAUCCGGAAACCAAUGUAUUGGGGAUUACUUGGAAUACCAAUACGGACGAAUUAGCAUAUCCAGACAAACGCGCACGCUCCACGGACAAUGAUAAAACAUUGACAAAACGCGAGUGUCUAAAGAUUACUGCCGGGAUUUACGACCCCCUAGGAUUCUUGGCUCCGACGCACAUUCGUGCGAAAAUGUUCAUCCAAAAACUUUGGCGCGAAAAUCUUCAGUGGGAUGAACCCAUGUCUGAAGAGCUGCACAACGAAUGGAUUAAUCUUAAUCAGGAUCUGUUGGCCGUAACUGACAUUACUGUACCAAGGCCAUACUUCAGCUCCAUGCAAACUGACGCACCAUACCAACUGCACGUGUUUUGUGAUGCCAGUGCCGGAGCUUACGGAUGCGUUGUUUACCUACGUCAAGUCAACACAAACACUGUGUCCAUUGUUUUGUCAAAGGCCAGGGUGACAUCUGUUAAAACACUAACAAUUCCACACGCAGAACUUAUGGCAGCCUUACUACGCGCACGACUGUUAAACUUCGUCACCAACAGUUUAAAGAAACAACUGGCUAUAAAAGAGUCAAUGUUAUGGUUAGACAGCCAGAUCGUGUUACAUUGGCUCAGCAGCGACAAAAAAAUGACAUGUUUUGUACACAACCGAAUCACGGAAAUCAAAGCUUGUGACGUCAUCACCGAAUUCCGGUACUGCCCCACUGAUGACAACCCCUCAGACCUGGUCUCACGUGGAGUAUCUGCUGAGAACCUCUCUAAAAACAAUCUGUGGUGGACCGGACCGGAUUGGCUGAAAACCGGAGAUUGGUCAACGUGCGAAAUAGGUCAACCUGAUGUGCAAACUGUACUUGCUGCUAUUGCCAACGAGGAAGCAAUUAACACUGUAAAUGUCAACAAUGUCGCGUGCCAGCCUGCUGCGCCCUGUGGGAUAAUGCACAUUCUUGACUCUGAGCGAUAUAGUUCUUUGCGGCGGCUUUUACGCAUCAGCGCUCUCGUGCUGCGAUUCAUUAACAACCUCAAAAGUAAGAAGGAAAAUCGCCUACACCCGGAGUUAAAUGCCAGUGAAAAAAAUGAGGCGGAACAAAGAUGGAUCAGAGACACUCAAACAUAUUACUACAGAGAGGAAAUGAAGAAUCUGAAAAUGAAAGCAGAAAAACUGGGAACCCUAGCGCGUCAAUUACGGCUCUUCAUUGACAAUGAUGGCAUUUUGAGAGUUGAUGGCCGACUCCAUAAUGCGCCCAUGCAAUACACCAUGAAGUUUCCCAUCUUGAUUCCACCGAAAAGCCGACUCGCAACUCUUAUCAUUCUUGACUGCUACGCCAAACAAACCACUCAGGACUACAAUCCACAACCACUUAUAUUCGACACAGAUAUUGGAUCACACAGAUCCGCGUCACUGUGA